AGGCCGAGGGGUAUUGUGACAUGCUCCAGGGAAAGGCAGUCUUUCCUUUGGCUAACAGGGGUCCCAGGCCAUUGGGACAAGAGAACCGGACAGACAUGGAACAGAGGCCUGGGGAGCAGCCCUCAAGAGCCCCAAAGAAGGAAAAGAUCAAGGAGCAACCGGAGACCCCAAGUCAGUCCGUCUCAGGCCGCGGUCGGGUGCUGUUAAUAAGAGAGUUCUUCAAGCAGGAUGAAAGCUACACGACCCUGCCCAACACCCAAGCAACAGACUGCCAAAGUAGUUGCCGCAGUGCCAGACGGCGACUCAAGCGCACCAGCGACAGCUUGGCGGACAACCCCGAAGCCCCGGCCGCCAAGCGGCGAGCAAAGAUGCCGCAGCUCUCGCGUCUCAAGAAGGAGGACUUGCUUGGUUGCGAGAAGCCUUGGGCUCCACAAGGGAACCCCGGCUCUGAAGCCGCUGAGAUCGCCGAGCUAAGCUCAGAGCCCGGCAAGCAGCUGCUCCUGGUGCUGUGCCACGCAUCGGCGCUGGACACGCAGCUGCCGCGACUUCAGCUGCUCCUGCAGCAGGUACGGGUCCAGGAGCGUCGCCCGCCAGCCGCGCUCGUCGGGAUCCUGGUGCAGCCGCGGCCGGAUGAGGAGGACGAGUCGCGCCGCCGUCUGGGGGACCUGCUAUACAGCGUCUUCUCUUCAGAAAACCCGGGGGUCGAGGUGCACACAGCAGUGUUCUGUCCCAGCCGCCCCCAGGGUGUCCUGGACGUCCAGCGCGCUGAUAACCAAGCGCACAUGGUCCACCUAGUGGAUCGCCAGACCCAAACGGAUGACACGUAGAAACCAGCAACGGAGCUGAGAAUCCUUCCUAUUCAGGAUGUCUUCGAAUAAAAAGUAGCUCUCACGGACCCUGGAACGUGCAGCCGAAAGGUGCCUGAGGCUCUGGUCACAUAAUCAUGGAUCCAGUUCUCUUAGGCCCAAAGACUGUCUUAAUUAGACCAUGGAGGAACAAGGCAGCUGCUGCCUCCUGCCGGUUCAAGCAGGAAGCCCUGGGAGAGGAAACCGGUGCCAGAGCCCUAGCCACAGGGGCCAGCCUGGCUUUUGUGACCUCACAGGAGGUAUGGGUGACUCUUGUCUGUGGGACCUUGCUGUGGUCAAAGAUCAGAGACAUACCCACAGGGGAGACUGCCUACCUAGGGAGGGAGCCAGGAAAUUCACAGCUCCAUGUAGCUCCACGGUGUUACUCUAGAAGGAUCACCAUGAAGAAGGUCAAAAAGAAAAAGUCUGAUUCCAGGCGCCGCAGGAAUUCCAUUUCACCGCAGACUAGCUCCGAUUCCUCACAGCAGCCCAGCUCAGAAACCCCGCCGUCAUGUCCAGAGCCCGCCUCGCCACCAUCUAAGCCACAGCCUUGCCAGGAGUCCACCACACCACACCAAGUUAACCCUGAGCCUAAACCGCAACAGCAUACACCACAGCCUCUCCCGCCUCCAGAGAAACCUGCCUCAUCUCCGUUCCUGGUACCCAUGGAACCUAAACCAAUUCUUCCAAGCAGGAAAGCAGAAAACCGUCAAGGAAGUACUGCGCUCCCCGUAACUCUCGUGCUUCAAGCUCUCGGAACUGUUGCUGUGGCUCUGGGGGCCUUGGGAGUUGCCUACUUCAUGGCUGAAUCCUUGUGAAUUGGACCCCAGGCCCACCGUCCGGCAGGGGUUCAUGGCAUGGCACCCCAACUAUGCCACUCUGCGUAAGGAUUAUUCUAAGAAGAAAGUCAUUGAGAAACUGAAGCUCGUCUCUGCCCUCUCUGAUCUACCUGAGAACAGCAUAAUCUCUGCUAUUACAAUGAGGUGACGCCAUCCCGGGAAGGGUGAACAGUCUUGUCCCUGAAGACAGCACACAGGAAAACCAUCCCACACAAAGUCUGCCUUGUCUCCAUAUCGGUGUCCUUCCACAGUCAGCCACCAUUCACAUUCAAACCUCUUAUAGCUUCCCUACAAAAUUCUUGCUGUUUAUGGGGAUGUCUGUACAUCUUUUGUGUCAUUUGCUCUGUGCACAGGCACUGCCUCAUUAAUAACUUGUUUUUCUCUUGCUAA